UGUCGCCAGGCCUCCAUCCGGGUGAUUUGUAGUGAAUCACCAACUCCCAACAGAAGAAUUUGCACCAUCGCACGUAUCAUAACAAAACUUCAAAAGGUUUUCCUUAGAACAGAUGACAACGGAGGCUACAGCUAGUUUUCACAAUGGGGUACAAGGCUUGGAUAAAUAAACACUAAUUUAGGAAUGAAAGCGUCGUGGAUUCUUGAUACAUUUUAAAACGAUGUUUCAAUUCCAGACGUGCAACUAUAACUCUUAAGCAUGCAAAAUCAUUCUCAAAAUCAUUCGACAAACACGCUCUGCCCACAAGCUGGACAUUCCCAGAACUGAACGUUAUCAGACUAUUGUUAUUCCGUACAUCGUUCGUCUACUCAGCUGUUCAAAUGUCGCCAUGCCCUAAUUCUACAAGUACAGUGCGCCACUAAUAUUGUUUUAAAUAUUCGCUGGCCUAUAUAUAUAUAUAUAUAUAUAUAUAUAUAUAUAUAUAUAUAUAUAUAUAUAUAUAUAUAUAUAUAUAUGACAUGCUAAACACAAACUUACUGAGUGCGCUAACAAAUAUAUCAAAAUUGAGUUAAUAGUCAUUUGUAGUCUAUCUUCAGAUUCUGAAAAACUUUGCGUCCAUCUUUACAAGGAGUCAUCCCGUAGAAUGUCACGAUUGGAUGAUAUCCUUGAUUAUGUUUGAGUUUGUCUGUCCGCGAUGGAAUGCCACAAGACUUACUAAUCGUCACCAAUUAGUAACAUAGGCCAUGUCCGUAGCAGAACGGAAGUUGUUGAUUGGUCGUUGUACGUGGAAUACAUUGCGCAGGCGCAUACUCCAACCCGCCAAUUUUGACCAGAAACGCGCCAUUUUAGCCAAGUUCCGCAGGAGAAAGGUCGAGUGAUGGAGUCUACCACCGACUGGGGCAGAAGCCUGUCUUUUGAAGACGACCAGAGCUUCGACGAGCGGUGGGGCAUGCCGCCGGAUCCCGCCGGGUAUGGAGGGAUGCGACCGGCCGACAGGAGGAACCAGACCUUCGACGAGCGGUGGGGCAUGCCCCUGGAUCGCGCCGGGUAUGGAGGGAUGCGACCGGCCGACAGGAGGAACCAGACCUUCGACGAGCGGUGGGGCAUGCCCCUGGAUCCCGCCGGGUAUGGAGGGAUGCGACCGGCCGACAGGAGGAACCAGACCUUCGACGAGCGGUGGGGCAUGCCCCUGGAUCCCGCCGGGUAUGGAGGGAUGCGACCGGCCGACAGGAGGAACCAGACCUUCGACGAGCGGUGGGGCAUGCCCCUGGAUCCCGCCGGGUAUGGAGGGAUGCGACCGGCCGACAGGAGGAACCAGACCUUCGACGAGCGGUGGGGCAUGCCCCUGGAUCCCGCCGGGUAUGGAGGGAUGCGACCGGCCGACAGGAGGAACCAGACCUUCGACGAGCGGUGGGGCAUGCCCCUGGAUCCCGCCGGGUCCACGCCGGGUCCAUACUCCAUAGGGAUGCGACCAGCGGACAGGGACCAGAGCUUCGACGAGCGGCGGGACAUGCCGCCGGAUCCCGCCGGGUAUGGAGGGCAGCGACCAGCGGACAGGGACCAGAGCUUCGACGAGCGGCGGGACAUGCCGCCGGAUUCCGCCGCGUUUGUCGGGCAGCACGCGGGGUCCAUAGACUGGAGCCAAUCGACAACGUUUGCCGAAAAUCCACCGAGAACUAGCACACCAGCACCAGCGAGAGACCCGGUACAGAACCCCAUUCCACUAGAUGAGUGGCUCAAGAAGGACAGUGACAACAGGAAUAUCUUAAAUACGAUGUGCCGUAACACAUGGAAGGAAAUAGCACCAGGGGAGUUAGUCGAUGGAGUAAAGCGGGAUGCCUGGCGUAUCAAACAGGUUGUCCGCCAAGUACUGAGGGAUCUCCCCGCAGUACAGGACACCCUGGAGGCGAGGGAGAAAAUAGCCUACUCUUUUAGACGGAACGGGCAGACUAAGCGCUACCGUGAAGAGAGGAAAAGGAAUGGAGGAGUCAGGGGAGCGGCUCGUGGAGCGGGAGGAGCUAGGGGAGCGGCUCGUGGAGCGGGAGGAGCCAGGGGAGCGGCUCGUGGAGCGGGAGGAGCCAGGGGAGCGGCUCGUGGAGCGGGAGGAGCCAGGGGAGCGGCUCGUGGAGCGGGAGGAGCCAGGGGAGCGGCUCGUGGAGCGGGAGGAGCCAGGGGAGCGGCUCGUGGAGGAGCCAGACCACUCCCCGGAGAGCCAGCCCGACCCCCGGCCCCGCUAAGUCUUGUAAAUAAAGACGUUGACGUCAUGAAAGAUCGCCGCAGCAUCGCCACUGCCAGGCUGGCCUACAUAUUUGCACGAGAUACGGACAACAAGAUGCACUACAACAUGGCGACGCUUACCCUGGCAAAGAAAAAGGAAAAGGACAACUUUCCCUUGCCGAUGAAAAUUGAAGAUGGCAAGGCUGAGUGGCGUAAUCUAAAGUCUGGUGAUGCUUUCGCAUGGCCAAUCGAGGAGAUUGUUGGCAAAGAGCAGAACGACGUCGAGCAGGAGCAGAACGACGUCGAGCAGGAGCAGAACGACGUCGAGCAGGAGCAGAACGACGUCCAGCAGACGCAGAACGACGUCCAGCAGACGCAGAACGGCGCCCAGCAGACGCAGAACGGCGCCCAGCAGACGCAGAACGACGCCCAGCAGACGCAGAACGACGUCCAGCAGACGCAGAACGACGUCCAGCAGACGCAGAACGGCGCCCAGCAGACGCAGAACGGCGCCCAGCAGACGCAGAACGACGCCCAGCAGACGCAGAACGACGUCCAGCAGACGCAGAACGACGUCCAGCAGACGCAGAACGGCGUCCAGCUUACGCAGAACGGCGUCCAGCAGACGCAGAACGACGUCCAGCAGACGCAGAACGACGUCCAGCAGACGCAGAACGACGUCCAGCAGACGCAGAACGACGUCCAGCAGACGCAGAACGGCGUCCAGCAGACGCAGAACGACGUCCAGCAGACGCAGAACGACGUCCAGCAGACGCAGAACGACGUCCAGCAGACGCAGAACGACGUCCAGCAGACGCAGAACGGCGCCCAGCAGACGCAGAACGACGCCCAGCAGACGCAGAACGACGUCCAGCAGACGCAGAACGACGUCCAGCAGACGCAGAACGACGUCCAGCAGACGCAGAACGGCGUCCAGCAGACGCAGAACGGCGUCCAGCAGACGCAGAACGACGUCCAGUAG